AUGGCGCUUCGCGCCGUGGAGCUCCGGCGAAUCCUCCUCCCGCGCAUCGGCGGCGGCGAGGCGGCUAUUCCUCCUCUCACGUGGCGCAGCCGGCCAGCGAGCACCUCCGCCCCGGCGGACGACGAGCUCGCGGGGAAGAGCGCCUACGAGGUUCUCGGGGUUGGGGAGACCAGUUCCAGCGCCGAGAUCAAGGCCUCCUUCCAUCGCCUAGCCAAAGAGACGCACCCAGACGUCGCCGCGGCUGCUGGUUCCCGACGGUUCCUUCAGAUCCUCGCCGCCUACGAGAUUUUGUCAGAUUCACAGAGAAGGGCUCAUUAUGAUAGCUACCUGCGAUCGCAGAGGCGAAUUGUGCAGAAACAUCCCAGGCCAUCUCAGUUCGUGUACCCAAGUGGUUCAGGCUCAGGCAUUGUGGUACCUCGAGAGAGCAAUGUCGUUGAAUGGCUGAAAUGGUACAGGCUUACCAUUGAUGACAUAGUUACCAAGAAGAGGGUUGCCACUGGCUCUGGUUAUUUUGAUAGGCUCGAAAGCGAACUGUACACAGCAAUCCAUGCUGCAUACUAUGGCCCUGAUGUCGACUCCAUGGAUGUCCUUCCUGAUUGCUUUGAAGCUGAGGAGAGGUCCGUCUAUGAAACCUCUGAGCUAUUACACCUUGUAUCAGGUCGUGAUCUAUUUGGUAUUGUUAGUGUAGCUGAUAGUGUCAAAGAGCUGUCAGACGUUUCUCGUGAAAAACUAGCGCCCUCUGGUUUUAGAUCUUCUGAAUUUACUCCAAAUGUUUCAAGAAAUGUGAAUAAGGAUUCAAUAUCUAUGAAUCCUGUUGAUAUGAACAAGCAAGAGAUGUGGCAUGAAAAUGAUAUUCCUUCAUCAGAUGCCUUCAAGGAUAUUGAGUUGCGGAUAUUUGGGAAAUUAGUUGCUACUGCGACUAGGAGCCCCAAAUGCGAUUGCAUUGACAAAUCGGAUGUGGAAGAUCACAUUCAUGUGUAUCUUGUUCCAAACGCAGAUCUAUCUGAUUUAACACAAGGGAAUCUUCUCCUAGGCACAAUUACUGGGUUAGCCACCACUGGUGAGGAAGGAUCUUGCUGUGUCUAUGAUGGUCACGGCAUAAAGACACAUGUCAUAAUGAAGCACCGGACAUUGAUGGUUAAACACAUGCACUGGUAUCAGGUUGGAGAUAAAGUUUCACCCUGUGAGUGUCGAUGUAGUAGGGCUCGGUUGCCACCUAGCAGGUAUUGGCUUUUUGAGCCUCGUUGUUACAUGCAUGAUACUGGUGGAUGGUAUAUCGAAACAUUUGGGAGAGACAAGAAAGGGAGGACAAUUCCAUCUCAAAGACAGUGGGAUGGUUUCAAUGAACAUUCUGAAAAGAGAUUGCAUCCAGCAAUGUAUCUUGCUGCUCUGGCCUACAGAUCUUUGGAUCUUGAAGAUGCUGGAAGAAGACAAUGGAAUGUGACUAGUUUCCUGCAAUUGCCCUUAUCUCAUAUUCGUCAGAUGUUCAAAAAAAUCAUUAAUGGGGAGAAGGGGUUGACAUGA